AUGUUCGGAUUCAAAAGUUCAAGUAAGAGCAAACGGAAAUCAAAUAAAAGUCCUACAACACCAAUAAAUACGUCGAAUGAAACAAAACAUUUUCAUUAUGUACCAAGUGUUUCACAAAUUGCUCCUCUUCCACAAAAUAAAUCUCAUGGCAUAUUACCAGUUUUAAGUCUUGAUGGACGUGAUGCACCUAGUUCAAUGCCAUCAGAAGCAUCAGAAAAUGAUUUACCAUCAAAUGCAGCAACUUCAAAUAGUGCAAGUGGUCGACAACCGGUGGGUGUAUACAUUAAGAUUAGUUAA